GCUGAAGGCGAAUCUGACCCACUGGAAACAUUUGGAUCAACAUUAGCCAAAGAUCCUUUCGAUAAGCCAGGCAAGACUAGUGCACCGGAAGUUACCGACUGGGACAAGGACCAUGUGGACCUCGCAUGGAACCCUCCAGUAAACGAUGGUGGUGCUCCCAUUGAAGGUUAUAUUGUCGAAAUGAAGGACAAAGAUUCACCAUUCUGGUCUGAGGCCACUCAGGUGCCGGCAGGCCAAACAACGGCCACGGUUGGAAAUCUUAUCGAAGGGCAUGAAUACGAAUUUCGUAUUCGCGCUAAGAACAAGGCUGGUACUGGCGAUCCAUCGGAUCCUUCGCAGAUGGUCAAAGCAAAGGCUAGAAAUGUUCCUCCCCAGAUCGACCGCUCGGCACUAGGAGAGAUAAAAGUGCGGGCAGGGCAGGAAAUACACCUCGUCGUACCAGUUUCAGGAGAACCACCACCAGAAAUCACCUGGACAUUCGCAGACGCUCCAGUAGAAACGGAUGACCGCAUAAAGAUUAAUAAUAGCGAGGAUUACAAGACCAAGUUCUUGGUAAAGCGAGCUCUUCGUUCCGACGCCGGAAUCUACACAAUUACCGCUAAGAAUGAAAAUGGAACAGACACAGCUGAAGUAAAGGUGAUCGUAUUGGACCACCCUGGAACACCUCGCGGACCUCUGGAUGUUAGCAAUGUGACCAAAGAAGGAUGCGAUUUGGCCUGGAAAGUUCCAGAUGAUGAUGGAGGAGCCGCCAUCGAUCAUUACGUCAUUGAAAAACAGGAUGCCAACACUGGUAGAUGGACAAAUUGUGGAGAAAGUAAGGAUACGACUUUCCACGUCGACGACCUUGUUCAGGGUCACGAAUACAAGUUCCGCGUCAAGGCUGUGAAUCGUUAUGGUGAGUCCGAUCCACUCGAAGCGAACCAGGCCAUAAUUGCCAAAGAUCCAUACGAACUUGCCGAUAAGCCUGGUACUCCUGAGAUUGUUGAUUGGGACAAAGACCGUGCGGAUCUCAAGUGGGCACCACCAAUAGAUGAUGGUGGAGCACCGAUUGAGGAAUAUCUGAUUGAGAUGAAAGCUGGAAAUGGUGAAUGGCUUCCUGCAACGAAAGUUGCGGCAGUGCCAGGAGAUGAACAGAAAGCUACUGUAGAGAACCUUAGACCAGGACAAACCUACCAGUUCCGUGUUAAAGCGUUGAACAAAGCUGGAGAGUCACGUCCAUCGGAUCCUAGCAAGGCAAUGAUUGCUAAGCCAAGAAAUCUGCCUCCAAAGAUCAACAGAGACAUGUUUGGCGAUUUACGUAUUAAGGCAGGACAGACCAUUAGCUUUGAUGUAAACGUGGAAGGCGAGCCGACGCCUAAGAUUGAAUGGUUCUUGAAUGGACAACCCAUUCAAUCAAUUGGAAAGACAAAAAUUGACAAUACUAAUGACAACAACACCAAGUUAGAUACUAAAGAUGCAGCUAGAGCAGAUAGCGGCAAGUACAAGAUCGUAGCGACCAAUGACAAUGGACGUGACGAGGCUGAGGUCGACGUCAAUGUUCUAGAUGUUCCCGGAGCCCCGGAGGGCCCACUAUCUGUAAAAGACAUCACGAAGGACAGUUGCUCCCUUCGCUGGAAUCCUCCUGAAGAUGAUGGUGGUUCUCCAAUUACUAAUUAUAUCGUUGAGAAACAAGAAGACGGAGGACGAUGGGUACCGGUAAGUUAG